AUGGGUGGCUGUGCGAGCAGACCGAAGGACCUUGCAGGCGAGGCCCCGGAGGCUGAUGACGUCGCCGCCAAUGUGGCUCCUGCUCCUCCCAAGUCCACUGAGGCUCCGGCCGUAGAGAGCAUGGUGGAAGAAGAGCCCAAGGCUGAGGGCAGCGAGGACAAGGAAGAAGAGACCAAGGUGGAGUGCAGCGAGGACAAGAAAGAAGAGCCCAAGAUUGAGGCCAGCAAGAGCAACAAUGAGGAGCCCAAGGUGGAGGCGAGAGAGAACGACAAGGAAGAGCACAAGGCCGAGAAGACGGCUGAGGUCACCGUCGUCCAAGAGGAGCCACCAGUCGCCGUCGCCUAG